AUGGAGACCACGAGGGCUUUGUUUGCGACUUUUCAUGGCUUCACUGACCACCUGUGUCACUGUUUGGGUAACUCUCGCGUCUCGUCCCGUGCGGAACCGCCAUCUGCAGUGGCCACCUCCGCCACGGUGAGUGUGGUGUGUGACGAGGCGACGCUCACGCUGACCGUGAGCAGGGACCUGUUCGGCACGGGUCACCUGGCCCAGGCGAGUGACCUGUCCCUGGGAGUGCCAGCCUGCCCCGUCACUGGGAGCGACGCCCUUGCUGGGACGGUGACGUUCCUCUACGCACUGGAAAGCUGUGGCAGCAGCCUCCAGAUGAGUGCAGAGCUGCUGUCUUACGAGAACUACCUCUACUACCGCCCCACGUCCAACACGGGCAUUAUCCGCACAAACUACGUCGCCGUGCCGGUCGUUUGCCGCUAUCCCAGGCGAGGGAACGUGUCCAGCAAUGCCAUCAAACCCACAUGGAUUCCCUUCAGCAGCGCCAAGGUUAUGCAGCAGCAGCUGAGCUUCACGCUGAGGCUCAUGACCGACGACUGGAGUGUGGCGCGACCUUCCACCGUAUACCAGCUGGGCCAGACUCUGCAUGUCGAGGCGAGCGUGCAGACACUGAACCACGUUCCACUCCGGAUCUUCGUGGUCAGCUGCUUUGCAACCCCGGUUCCGGACAGGAACUCUCCCCUCAGCUACCAAAUAAUUUCUAACUCUGGGUGUCUUGUGGAUGGCAAAGUCUCGUAUGAUGCUCACCUUACUUCUGGCUUCCUGCUCCGGCAAAGUGACAACGUCCUUCGCUUCUUCAUAGAUUCCUUCCGCUUCCUUACGACGUUGACCAACAAUGGCGAUCAGGUGAUCUACUGUUAUGCAGGCCUCGACAGAAACCACUUUUUUAGCCACGUGGUAGUCAUUGUGGUUGAGUAA